AUGGCCGGUCAUGAACCAACUUCUUUUUGCGUUGUGAGAAAGGAACCUCUUUUGGUGAAACCCUCUGAACCCAUACCUUGUCACGACGACCUUUCCCUCUCAACGAUUGACAAUCGUUACAUCCUCGAGAAUUUCACGCACACCCUCUAUGUUUAUCGUCCGAUCGCUAUUGCCCCUCCCAAUGGCAAUUGCCCCGACCCUGUCUCUGUUCUGAGACAGGGUCUGGCUAGAACUCUCGUGUUUUACUACCCUCUCGCCGGAAAAAUCAUGAGGUACGACCCUGACCGAAGCCUUCGCAUAACGUUCAACACGGAAGAAGAUAUUGGAGUCCCGUUCCUUGAGGCAGCCGUGCUGAAUUGCGAUCUGAGAUCUCUUAAUUAUAUGGAUGGAGAGAUUUCGUCGGUAGCCAAAGAGUUCAUAUUUUAUAACCAGCCGCCCAUCAAUAAGGAUCAAGGACCAUACCACCCUCUCCGUCUCCAAGUAACUGUGUUCCCCUGCGGCGGAUUCAUCGUCGGGAUGAGCAUAUUACACUCUGUUGUUGACGUGUUUGGAGCUGCUCAGUUGUUUAAAGCAUUGACCGAAUUGGCCGGCGGGAAGGUUGAACCGUCGGUGAUUCCUGUUUGGAAAAGGAAAAGGCUUAUAUCAAUCAAUUUGCCAAAUUCCCAGCAACUUUCCUCUGAGUUGAUAAAUGUAUGCGUCAAUAUAUCUAGCGAUGGAAUAAAGAGGCUAAAGCUUGAAUUAGCGACGGAAAUGGGAGACAACGUAACCACAUUCGAGGCACUGAGUUCUUACAUUUGGAGAUCGAGAUUCAAAGCGUUGGAGUUUAAUCCCGAUGACAAAACGGUAUUUAUCAUGAUGAUGGGGUUCAGAGAUCGCUUAGAUCAUCCCAAACUACCAAAGGGCUAUUAUGGUAACUCCUUCGUAGUGUCAUCGCCAAUAGUUGUUAUAGGGAGAGACCUAGUUGAGGGUCCUCUCUCGAACAUGGUUAAGCUGAUUAAAGAGACCAAGAACAUCUGUUCUCAACCCGAGUUCAUUCGACGUUCAUUGAGUUUGUCGGAGAGGACUCGAUCGGAGAGUAGAAGGCAAUUAUUGAAAAAUAGAGGAGGAAGAAUGUUAGUAACAGAUUGGCGAGGAGCCGGUGUUAGGGAGGAAGAGGAUUUUGGAUGGGGAGGGUGUGUGAAUAUCGUGCCAGUUCCUCAUAAUAUGACAAACAAUAAUGAUGUGUGUAUUUUGUUGCCUCCACUUAGGUUGGAUAAUUCCAUUGAAGAUGGAGUUAAGGUUUACAUUGGACUUCCCAAGGUUGCCAUGGACAAGUUUAAGCAAGAAAUACAUGCUCUUCACAAAUGA